AUGGUGUCUUUGUCCUGGUUUCUUCUUUGGGUUUCAUUCCUCGGCCUCUUUUGCUCGGCUUUCCCCAUCAUAAGCCCAGAAUACCAUGGCGAGAUUCUUGAUUUAGAACCCUAUGCACAAGACAGCCUCCCACAAGAACAGACCGAAUUCACAUUAGAAUCCCGGGAUAAAGUGAAAAAAGUCCCGGGGGUAAAUGAAUGCAAAACCAAGAUCGUCUCCUACAACGUUGCAACCAGACUACCAGACAUAUUCUUCACCAAGUAUCCCCUCAACAUCAACGUGGCAAAGUCCUGGGGAGAAAAUUACUACGAUGAGGAUAUUGGAGCCACGAAGAAUUCUUGGAAGUUUGCCAUUUGGGGUCGACUUUGGGAUAACGAAUGGUUUUCGGACACAGUGUAUGAACUGAGACAAUCUAUGGUGGCGAAGAAGUUUAGUGAGAAUGUGAUCAAAAAAUAUGAAGAUCGGUUCUUGAAAAACUUAAGCCAGGCUUUUGGGGAGACGGCGCGUGGAGAGGUCAUCGUGUUGAUUGAUCGUAACGCUUAUCCUGACAAUAAAUUUGAUGCUAAUACUGCUUGGGGAGUCAAGUGA